ACAUUCGCGGCAGCGUUCCGCAGGCUUAUAUCUCUGGUGUCGGCAUCAUGGCCUCUGCCGCCGUCCUAUGCCCUUCGUAGGUUGCUGUUGAUCGCUCGAAAUACCAUUUACCUCUGGUUUCGGCCCCAUCAGGUUCCCGAACGGAGCAUUAAAUUACUACGUGACGUGCAAGGGCAGCGGGCACUCGAUACUUGUGAUGCCUCCGGAUCCUAAUCUGCGGCAUGAAGAUGCAUUCUCCCUCCUGUAUGGGAGAGACGAGUGCUCUGACGCCUUCGGCCCCAUCGCAAGCAAUGCGCUCUGCAGCCCGGGCAAAACGCUCUGCUGCGUACGACGAGGCCAGGAGUUCCCGUCUUGCCAGCAAUACCUAGGGAAAGGCUGGUGCUGCACUGGCGGCAACGCCACCGACAACUGCUACAUCGACCAGCCAUCCGCCUGCGAGGAACCCAACUCGGUGCCCUGCACCAACCUCGCCGAGGGCACCACCGAGGCGUGCUGUCCGCGCCUGACGAGCUGCAGCCCAGAGUUCCCGGCGCACGAAGUGGUGCGUUGCAACAUCCAGCAUGGAGAUCUCCAGCGGGCGGCCCAGGCGGGGGUUACAUCGUCGGCGUCGGUCGGGCUCAGCUCGGCAACGAGUACGUCGACGACGCCCGAGGAGAGCACCACGACGGCACUGGCGUCUUCAACUACCGCCAUGGCUAGUACCACUGGUACUACUAGUAGUGCCAAUGCCACCAAUGUCGCUCAGACGUCGCUUCCCCCGGAUGGCGAUUCCCGCGAAGCUUCGUCGUCGGCACCGCCGCCGGCGGGUCUAAUCGGGGGUACUGCGGUGGGAGCGACGCUAGGUUUUGUUUUAGUCGUGUUGUUGGGGUACCUCGUGUUGCGGAAACGGUCGAAGAAGAGAAGGCUUCAGCAGCAAGGCGGCUACCCUCAGCUUCCUCCGCCUCCUCCUGCUGCUGCUGCGGUUGACUCUUCCAGUUAUUCUCACUAUCAUCCUCCGCCGGUCUUCCCUGGACAAGCCCAGGGGUAUCCGGAUUAUGCGCAGAUGAAGGGAGAAAUCGGUAAUGCGUAUCAAUGUGGUCUUUGGAGCGGGCCGGCAGAGCUUGAGGUCAAAUAUGCGGCGGCAAAUAAUGAGCCUGUUGAGUUGUGGGCAAGUGGGAGAUGAGGUCUGUUGCAGUGAGGGUUGUUAGUAGUAAUAGUACUUAGUAGUGCCUAGGUGUUUUGGCAGGGUUCGUCGGCUGUACCUAUUGAGCGCAGAGUCUGUACGGUAG